GGUCAUAUGCUGUCCAUGUGUGCUGUCACAUAUGCACAAUAAAUGUACAUUCAUGUGUACUACAUGAUUAACCCUGAGCCUUUGAGUGUGUAUGUGUGACACAAUACAUGUACACCAAUGUGUGUACACAACAAUGCACAUCUGUGUCCUUAGCAUGCAGUUCUCGUGUUGGCACUCCAUGUGUGUCAGCACUGCACACACGUCCAUAGCAUGUGCCUGAUGUCAGUACCACGUGUGUGCCCCACUAAAAAUGUGUGUCCUCAUAGUGUGCCCCAUGUCUGUGUGAGUGUCACUGUGUCCCCAAAGGUCCCUGCUGCUGUCCCCAGUGGGGAUGGCAGGGGAAAGCACAGCGGGGACAGAGUGUGGUACCCAAAGCGUGUGGUGACAGCUGGCUGGACGUGUUGGGGACUGCAUGUGACAUCUCAUGUGGGACAUCCCAUUGCAGCACGUGUCCUGUGUUUGGCAUGCCAUGGGGCACACCUUGCAAGGCCACGUGUUGGCAUCCCACUGGGGACAGCGUGUGACACCCAACCUACAAUCUGCAAAGGGCAACCCAACGGGGACUUUCUGCAUUGCUCCAUGUGUAACACAUUAUUGGGGAUCCCAUGGUGCCACCACCCUUUUGAGCACCACAGGUGCCGCAUGAGGAGGUGACAUCACAGCAUCCUGUCCCCAAGAGGAACUGACAUCAGCUCUCCAGCUGCUUCCUGUGCCCCACUGCAGUCUCGCUGUCCCCAGGCUGAUCCUGCCUCAUGGCAACCAAUGGCGCUGGCCCUCAUCCUGGGUGAGUGACAAUGGGGACAUGGUGCCAUGGGGGUGGGUGGCCCUGUGUGAGACCAGGACCAUGUCUCUUGCAGGUUGGUGUCUGGUGGCAGUGAGCAGGGCACAGCUCCUGCCCCGACCCUCCCUGUCGCUGCAUCCCAGCCAGGGGGUGUCCGUGGGGGACACUGUCACCCUGCGGUGCAACCUGUCCCGGCUGGCUGCCUGGGUCUGGCUGUACCACGUGGGAGGUUGGACACUCAACAAGUACAAGGACAAGGAGCAGGACGUGGUUGAGUUCUCCUUUGUUAGCACAAGUCGGGAACAUGCGGGGAGAUAUCAGUGCCAGUACCGGGUGCCUGAGUCAGUGGAGAUAUCAGAGAAAAGUGACCCCGUGGAGCUGGUGGUGACAGUGCUGUCCCCUCCCCUCAUGCAGAUCCCAGCUUCCCACCACCCAGCAUCUCCCUUCGCCCUGAGGAACAUGUGGGGACAGGGACCAAUGUCACCAUCCGCUGCUGGAACAAGGACUAUGGGUCCAACUUCCUCCUGCACAAGGAUGAGUGCUCAGCUCCUGUCCUGCGCCAGGAGCCUGAUGGUGGGGGCACAGCCACCUGAUCACCAGACCCCACAGGUGCUACAUUUACUUCCCAUGGGAACCUGGUGGUGUUGGUGGCUGGGGGCUGCACUGCUGCCUUUGUAUUCAUCCUCAUCCUUGUCAUCUCCUUCCUACUCGCUGCCCGCAGACGUCGCAUACGGAGAGAUGAGAGCCCUGGUGCCUCCACAAAAAAUCCUGAGGCCAUGGAGAUCCAAGUGCCCCCUGGUGACAGCGAGGGUCUGACCUACAUCGAGCUGCAAGCUGUGACCCCCAGCAUGCAGCACCCAACCCCCCCUGCUGCCCCCCAACCCUCUGUUAUCUACGCCGAGGUGGCCACUGGGGGGCACCACUGAUGCCUCCGAAUCUGUGUGCACAAACACGUGUGUGUUGGCUGUACACAUGUACUUCAAGUGUGCACAGUGCAGGUGAGUUGGGUGUGCUCACCAUCACGCGUGCACUGCAUGCAUGUAUCUCUGCAUGUGUUCAAAUGUAUUACAACUCUGUACAGUGUCACAUAUGCUCAAUAGAUGUACACAUCUGUACUAUGUGCUUAACUCUGUGCCUCCAUGUGUGUACGUGUGACAUCAUACAUGUACACUGAAAUGUAUACACAAUAAUACACACGUGUGUCAUUACCAUGUGCCUCGUGUCUGCCCCAUAUGUGUCCCCAUAGCAAACACCAAGGACACACGUGUGCUCCCCAUGGCACAUCUUCAUCGCUCCAACCCAAACCAGCACCCAUCCCACAACACUUUUGGGACAGGAUUCCCAUUUCUGGAGGAUUUUUUUCCCACACUUCUGGAGGAGAAUUCCCUUUCUGAAGGGUUUAUCCUGCUUUUUGGGGGAGAAUUCCUCUUUCUGCAAGGCUUUACCCUUGUAUUGUAUACACUUGAUUUGUAUUGUUGUAUUUGUUGUAUUGUAUACCCUUGUUUACCCUUGUACUGUAUACCCCUGUAUGUAUACCCCUGUAUUUCUGGAGAGUUUGAUUCUAUCUUCUGGGGACAAUUCCCAAUUCUGGAGGCUGUAUUUAUUAAAAAUUU